GUUUUUUUCCGGGAAAUUUGAGUGGAUAACUGAAAGCCUCAUCUCUGUAUCUCACACACAAAAUUGCAGUUUGAGAUGAUGUUACAUACCAAAACGCUGUGGUUUACACCAUGUUUACGUUGAGCUUCAGUUGAAUUGAAUAGCAAGACAUGGCUUUGAGUUCAGACUCUUCUUCUCCUUCAACAUUGGAGUGGAAGUUCUCUCAAAUCUUCGGUGAAAACCUCCCCGGUGAAGAUGUACAAGAUAUUGAUAUCAUAUCUGCUGUUGAAUUUGAUAAGAAGGGGGAUUUCCUAGCUGUAGGAGAUCGAGGUGGACGCGUUGUGAUUUUUGAGAACAAGGCUGGUAACCAUGAUUUACUUGAUCACACUUCUCGGAGUGAGUUAGAGCGACUGGAUCUUGUUGUUCCACAGCAUCCUGAAUUCCAUUAUAAAACUGAAUUCCAAAGUCAUGAGCCAGAGUUUGAUUAUUUGAAGAGCACUGAAAUUGAAGAGAAGAUCAACGAAGUGCAGUGGUGUGCAACGCCUAAUGGAUCAUUAUUUAUUCUUUCAGCAAAUGAUAAAACUAUAAAAUUAUGGAAGGUCAAGGAUCAUAAAGUGAAGAAAGUUAAAGAAAUGAAUGUCUCUCCAUUUGUAUCUUCAGAGAAUUCACUUAUGGCAGAAAGUAGUUUUAUUAACGGGAAACAUAAACCAAAUUUUGCCAAUGGUUACUUUUUAGAAUGGACAGAGAAUGUAGCCAACAGCAUGUCGACUUCCCAUUCAAGGCAUGACAAGGUACCAUGUUCUGCAGAUGCGACUCCUGCAAAAUGUAGAAAACUGUAUGCCCAUGCUCAUGAUUUCAAUAUUAACUCUAUCUCUAUGAAUAGUGACGGUGAGACAUUUCUUUCUGGAGACGACCUAAGAAUUAAUUUGUGGAAUCUAGAGGUCAGCAAUCAGUGUUUCAAUAUCAUUGACACAAAGCCUGAAAGUAUGGAAGAUCUUACAGAGGUAAUUACAGCAGCCGAAUUCCAUCCAUUUCACUGUAAUCUGCUCGCUUACAGCAGUUCAAGAGGAUUUAUUCGGGUUGUAGACAUGAGACAAUCAGCACUCUGUGAUCACAAUGCAAUGAUAUGGAAAGAUGUGGAAUCCCAUGGGCCAAAAUCGUUCUUCACUGAGAUCAUUGCAUCAAUAUCAGAUUUGAAUUUUGCAAACGAUGGAAGACAUAUAUUAAGUCGUGAUUAUAUGAAUCUAAAGCUGUGGGAUAUGCACAUGGAUGCCCGUCCGGUUGCAACAUAUAGGAUUCAUGAGCAACUUCGGCCCAAGUUGUUUGAUUUGUACAAUAACGACGCAAUUUUCGAUAAAUUUGACUGCUGCCUUAGUGGAGAUGGACUUCACUUCGCCACUGGAUCGUAUAACAAUCGUCUGCGCAUAUUUUCCAACGGAAUUGGGAGCCAAGGUCUAACAAUGGAAGCCAGCAAAAAUCCGUACAGGAAGCUGCAAGCCCAAACUUCUAGAAGAGCUCGACGAUCAUCCUUGAGCAACUUGACUCGAGGAUUUUACCGACAAGGACACGGUGAAAGUACAACUGAUGAGUUUUCCUGUGACUUCAAUUCAAAGUUGCUGCAUCUGGCUUGGCAUCCAUCAAAGAACUUGAUUGCUUGUGCUGCCAAUAACAGCUUGCUUAUGUAUUAUGCAUAGCCUACUUGCAAUUUCAGCAGAAACAUUAGAUAGCACAGUUAGCACUAGAUAAUAUUUCAAAAAUAAAUAUAUAAACAAAUAUAUAUAUAUAUGAUCACUGGAAAGAGAAGUCCUGUUCAAUCACUUGGCCUACGAACCGUACAUCGGACGAGUUUCUGCCUCAUGCAGCUCGGACGGGCCGAAGGUAGAAGUUUAGGAGAGAUGGGGGAAGGUUAGCUGUAACGUUCCGAAUUUUUACUACUUAAAUGUACUAUUAUUAAAGUCUAAUGACUUUAUAGGUUAUUGGUCUAGUCCAAUAACCUUAUUGGUUAUUAGCCAAUAGCUUAAGAACCUAAGUGGAGAGUUAUUUUGAAAGUAAGAUAAAAUUAUGUGUAAAACAUAUGUAAAUAUGCCAAUUGGGCUUUAUUAAAGAUGAUUUAUUGAUCA